AUGGGUUCCCUUCGUCAAGCUCUACACUUCUAUAAUUAUGUGCGCCAAUUACUGCCUCUUGAUCAUCCCGAGCGAGUAGUAUUGUAUAACAAUCUUGGUGAAACAUUACGUCAGUUGGGUUAUAUAGAAUGGGCUCGAUAUCAGUUCCAGCAUGCGUUAGAAUGCUGUGCUGAUACAAUGCCGUUUUAUCAUCCAAUUGUGGCAAGUAUUCACAGUAAUAUCGGUACGCUCCACAUAUGUUGCGGACAUAUUGACCAAGCUCUGACACAUUUCCGUUGUGCUCUACUGAUCCUACGAAAAAAUUGCGUUUCAAAUAUUGAUGAUGAAUCGACAAGUAUACAGCAAGCAUUGGCUACGAUUUACCAUAACAUGGGUAGUGCUUAUCAACGUCUGGGUAACUUCCGAAAGGCAUUGGAACUUCAUCAAAAGACGCUCAAAAUCGAAGAAUACAUUCUCCCAUCAGUUCAUCCAACACUAAUAGAAACAUAUGCUGAAAUAGGAAAAGUCAAUAUCAAUUUGAAUAGAUAUGCAGAAGCCCUAAAAUAUUAUGAGAAAUCCUUGCUGAUUGCUCAACAAACACUACACACUAAUGAUUGGCGAUUUAUACCUCUUUAUAUUCACAUUGCAAUGCUCGCCUACGCUAUCCAUCAAGAUAUGUCAAAGACACUUAUUCACUGUUCUGAAGCACAGUUACGCUUGGAUCAGUUACCACUAGCAAAAUGUAGCCCUAAUCUGUUGGAAGCAUACAAAACAUUAACUGGUUUUUAUUUGCGAUUGGGGUUAGGCCCACUGGCAAUUCAAAUGUGUCAACGAUAUGUUAAAGAAGUUGGACAUAUCUCAGAGACAAAGUCAAAAGAGACGGAUGUACUCGAUAUCGUGGGCCAGGUAGCGAAGAUAUAUCGAAAGAAUCCUCAAGACAUUUUUAAAUGUGUGAUAUUUUUAAAUGAUGAUGAUAUCUCUGACAUAAAUUUUUACGAGUCAGAGGCAAUUUUUUGGUGCGAAGUAGCCGAUCGCUAUCGAGAAGAAGGUUAUAUUCCUCAAGCUAUUACAUGCUACACUUUUUUACUCCGCUCACUACCGACAGAUAUCAACACUAGAUUUUUGUUCUUGCAUAAAUCCAGACUACAUAAUAACAUAGCUGCCUGCUACCAAGAUCUUGAAGAUGAUAAGAUGGCAUUACAUCAUUAUCAGCUAGCAUUGAGUAUACUUCCCGUUGAUUCAGAACGUGACAUGUUGCAAAAAGCCAUAAUUAAUUAUAAUAUCGCCCUAAUCUGCACGAGGUUGAACUGUUUAAAAGAGGCUCGCGAACAUCUGCACCAAAGUUUGCAGUCUUGUUUACACCCGUCGACCACCGAUAAACUGGCAUUGGAAACUCAAAUAUAUACUGCCUUUGCGCGCACUUACGAAAUAUCGUCUGACUGGUCUAUGGCAUCCGACUACCUUCAACGUGCCUUAGACAAAUGUGUUAGGGACGCACCUGGCCACCCUAUAAUUGAGAGAUACAAAAGAAGGUUAGAAAACGCGAUUGAUAAAAUGUAUGCAAAAUAGUCUGAAAUAUUUCGACUAUGCCUGAACUAAUAUACCAUUGAAGUAACAUGUUGUAGAAAUACAACAAAAUCGUUUUGUUAUCUAAUUGAAGAGUUGCUUUUCGAUUUGCCUUCUCCGAAUGGAUAUGCAAAGUUUUCAAUUAAGCUUAAAUAAAUUUUAUCAUUUCAAAAAUGAUGAUAUUUUUCGAUUGAGUUAACACACACUUUCGACUUAUUAUCGAUAAAAAAGUGACAUUGAAAGGAAUCUUGUUGACAUCGGUGAGGGUGUGGUUGUGGGUGUGGGUGUGGGUGUGGGUGUGGGUGUGGGUGUGGGUGUGGGUGUGGGGGUGGGUGUGGGUGUGGGGUGUGGGGGGGGGCGGGGGGGGGGUGUGGUUCCGUCUUCCACCCACGGCCGCCGCCGCCCCCGCACUCCC